ACGACAUUUUCCGGGGAACCUAUUCCUCUCUUCCUAACUCGACUAUCCAUUCUUUGCGAUUCUUAAUUGGGAUAGUCUCUGCGCAUCUUCGUUUCGCUUUAUUGUUAGCCGAACCCAUCUCAUCUCGUGAACGGACCUCCCCGGUCUCCAUACAAGGAGCCAGUGGGCAGUGGUGGUGUCGUCGCUGUACCUAUCUACAAAUCACACCUACAACAAGCAGAAGCAGAAAUGGGUCUACGAGAUAUCCUCAAGAAGAAGGACGACCUCUCCGCGGGCCAGCCCCCGGAGAAGGAGACGGUCGACCGCCUCGCCGCGCCCGAGUUUGCCAUCUUCCGGUCCGAUACGACGACGCAGGAGCGAAUCUACCCACCCUCGGUCAAGUCCAACGACAACUUGCACCUCCAUGCAGAGGAGCCGGCAUCCGGUAGCAAACCCCGGCGCUCGCUCGACGUCUUCCGAUCCGGCCGGUCUCGUUCCGCCUCCGAGUCGAGCCAGACUUCCAAGAGGGAGAGCGGCCACAGGCGCCUGUCGCAACGUCUGCACCUAAGCCGCAACGCGCCGCAGUCCUCCGAGAGCGUCCCCGACAAUCUGCCCGAAAUCAUUGCCCCGAACGAUCCCCAGGACAAGGACGGCGCCGAGUCGCAGUGGGAGAAGCGGGCGACCAUCCUGGCGAGCCAGAACGACCGGGCGAGGAGCACCAGCCGCCCUGCGACGCCCGGUUCGGGCGAUCAAGGCCGCGCCGUCUCGUCACAGGAGAUUGACAAGGACAUCCAGGAGGCUAUCCGACUGCACGAGGAGGGCGACCUGGAACACUCGACGCGCAUCUUUGGGCGUCUGGCUGAUCCCCAGGGUGCCAACAACCCGCUAAGCCAGGUCCUUUACGGUCUUGCUUUGAGGCACGGAUGGGGCUGCGCACCGAACCCCGAGGGCGCCGUCAAGUACCUGUCGGCUGCGGCGUCCAACUCGGCCUCGAUUGAGCAACUGGCCCUGCAGGCGGGCAUGAAGAAGGGCGGAGCGGCCAAGGGCGAGCUGGUGCUGGCCAUCUUUGAGCUGGCAAACUGCUUCCGCCACGGCUGGGGAAUUCACAAGGACCCGUACGCCGCCAAGCAGUAUUAUGAGACUGCGGCGAACCUGGGAGACACUGAUGCCAUGAACGAGAUUGCCUGGUGUUACCUCGAGGGCUUCGGGUGUAAGAAGGACAAGUUCGCAUCAGCCCGAUACUAUCGACUGGCUGAGAAGUCUGGAAACAAGACACUGGGGAACACUUGGAUCUGGAAGGAAAAGUACGACCCUCCAGGCGAGGGCGGCAGCCAGCACAAGCCCCUCGUCCAACUACGCUAGACCCUAGAUAGACUUGAAAUGGAUGUUGGUAGACUUGAACACCGAUAUACGGACUUACU